AUGCAUAAUUAUUUUGUCAAUUCUUAUUAUGGAAGAAUAUUAUUUAUUGAAACAUUAAAUAUUCCCAAGUCAAACUUAAAUUUAGAUAUAAGUCAAAAUUUAGAAAACGAGGAUGAUAACAAAGAAAUUGUCGAUCUUCCAAAUUAUAUAGAACUUCAAUCUUUAUUUUUAUUGAUUGCACAAUUGAAUGAUACAAAAUUAGUUAUUGAUCAAACAGAAAGCACUGAUCAUUUAUGGAUUCAUCUUUUAAAAGAUACUGAUAAUCAGUCAAAUAUAGACAAGAUAUUAACUAUUGGUUUACAUGAUGGAAUAUUUUUGACACCACAAGUAGCCAUUAUUGUAGAUGAAUUGAUAGAAAAAGGAAAAGAAGAUCAUAUAUCGAUGCUUUUUCCCUAUAUUAUAAAACCGUCAAAUGAAGUAUUACCUGUUGUUCAGAGGUGGUUUACUCAAUAUAAUAACAAUGAAAUUAAAUAUCUAGCAGCUCUUUUACUUACAGAAGCAAAACAUGUUUUUGAAUCAGCCAUCGAUACAAUUAUUGAUUUGCUCAAAAGUGAUAAUGAUCAAAUGAGAUAUAGAGCUCAACGAAUUUUUCAGCAUCCAGAAAGAGAUGUUAAAGAACCCAGCAAGAGACUAUCUGUAUUAGGAGAAAAAACAAUGAUGAAAAUCCUCGAACAUACUUUAGUGAAAGAGCACCUUCCAAGAGUUCGUGCUUAUUUUUCUACAUUUUUCUACGACUUACUAUGGGAUGAUCCUAUAGUUUUUCAUAAUUUAUGUCAAAAUAUAAAUCAAUUACAAGAGAGAAACUCUGUUAGUGAAAGAAGAAUACAAUUUCUCGAUAGAAUUUACUUCAUAAAUGAUCAUACUUGGAAUUCAAUAAUGCAAACUUUAGAAUCAUCUUUACAUCCAUUGUACAUAGAAAAACUACUUCAUUCUACGAUGAAUUUAGCAAGACGUUUUCAGAUUACAGAAGAUGAUUGGAUUAAAUUUGCAAGAUUACUAUCAGUGACAGACACAUGCCAAUUUCAAGAACAUGUAUAUUUUUCACAUACAGAUAUGGAACUAAUACAACUAAUUCUUGAUGAAGUUUCUGCUUCAACAACUAUUACUGAUGAAACAUAUUUUAAACAUCUUGAAUCAAUCUUAAUCACUGAGACAACUGUUAGAGUUGAACAUAUUUCACAACAGAGCUAUGAUCAAAUCAAACAUUUGGGUCGUUGUAAUUUUACUGUUUCGAAUGAUGCAAAUAGAACAAUAUUAAAUUUAUUAAGUAAUUUUUCGAUAAAUAUUGUUCGAAUGGAAAAUUUAAUUCAAUGGUUAAUAUUAAAAAUGAUAAGUUUCAAUGAUGUUAAUGAUACUAUAUUUGAAUUAAUUCUAUGUGAAACAUUAUUAUCUUUGGUUUCUGCUUGUGUUCAAAAGGAAGAUUAUUUGUAUCGAAAAAUAACAAAUUCUUCAAGUUUUAAUAAAAUUCAAAUGAUUCAACUGUUGGAGAAAAUGCUUAAUUAUCAUCCGUAUUUUCCAGCAAGAGGUAGUGCUUUUAUAUUACUUUCAGCAAUGGAACAGCCUGAUCAUAAAGUAAUUAUCAAUGCCAUGAACACAUUAUUUGAUGAAAAUCUUGUGAAAGAAUACUCCAUGAUUGGAGUUCCUCUCAUUCGUUUAUCACCUAAUGAAUUUAUUGAUGACUUAAUGGUAUAUUUGAAAAGUGAAAGUGCUAUAAAAGUUUAUGAAAUAUUAAAAAUCUUAACAGAAUUUGCUUUAAAUGAAAAACUAGAUACGAAUGGCAAAUCAAAAAUUAUGAAUUAUUUAGCAAAUGAAAUUUCACAAUCAAAAUCAAAGAAGCUUGUUAAUUAUUAUUAUAUAGAUAUUAAAAUUCCUUUCACAACAACAUUAGAACAUGAAUACUAUAAAGCAUGGAUUAAAAUACAAGGACUCUCGGGUAAAGCACAAUAUUCAAUCACCAUGGAAGAAUCAAACAAAUAA